AUGUCUACCAUCGGCACAAAUUCUGCAAUUCCUGCCCCCGCGCAAUCAUACAAUGAUCGAGGUUACGGCGCUGCAAGUACCCCACGAGCACAUCCACAAUCUCAAAUCACCAACGGAGAAGGUCCUGCAGUCUUAGAUUACGCUUCAAACGACCACGAUCCUCACACAAUUAUUCAAAACGCACACGGAAGGUUCAACGAGGAGUGGGAUGCGAGUCAACGAGGAAGCUCAAUAAUAGAAGGCAGUAAUAUGCAUCGAUCACAUUCAGUCAUGUCGCAAGGCGAUACCUUGAUUCCUUCAAGAGGAGGAACUCUUAAAAAGAAAGCUUCAUUGAAAAGAAGUGGUAGUAGACGAAGUUCCAGGGCUGGAAGUGUUCGCAGUUUGGUUGUUCAUCCACAAGGUGAUAUCGACGAGGCACAUAGUGCUUUCUAUUCUCCCGUACCCACAAGCGGAAAUCCCACGGAUGUUUUAGCAAACCGAUUCCAAGCUUGGCGUAAAGUCCUCAAGGAUCUUAUCGUUUAUUUCAAAGAAAUCCAAAGCCAGUAUGAGCACAGAUCAAAAAGCCUUUUGAAGGUCUCAAAUGUUAUUAACAAUACCACCGCGCCCGCCGUCUUUUUGCCUACGGGUGGAAUUGAUGACGCUCUCCAGAUCCUUCGCAAUUAUCAUAAAUCCGCAAUCGCAGAGGCAAACAAAUCCAGAGAUAUCGAGCAAGAUGUUAUUCUUGCCUUGACCGGCUUGCGUAGCGAUUUGCAACAGAAAAUCAAGGAGAUCAAGGGCUUAUCGGGCGACUUUAAAAAUUCCGUGGAGAAGGAGAUGGAAGCGACUCGAAAGGCUGUGGCCGCAUUGCAAGAUGGUUUAGGUCAAUCAGACAUCGAUCCUUCUCAAAUGACGGGCAAGCAUGAUCCAUACUUACUCAGACUUGCUGUGGAUCGUCAGGUUGAAAAGCAGAUUGAUGAGGAGAAUUACCUUCACCAGGCAUAUCUCAACUUGGAAGCCUCUGGGCGUGAACUCGAAGCUAUCGUGGUAGGCGAGAUCCAAAAGUCUUAUAACGCGCUCGCAGGUAUAUUGAAGCGCGAGGCAGACAGUGCCUAUAGCGCAGUAGACGAAUUACGCACGGGUCCAAUUGCCAUGCCAAAAGAUCAUGAAUGGACCGCCUUCGUCGAGAAUGAUGAACAUUUUAUUGAUCCAAGGAUUCCUAUUCGAACACCAGAGAUUGUAAGAUAUCCUGGGCAGGACAAUGAGCUUGCUGGGUGCAUUAGAGAGGGUCUCCUUGAGAGGAAGUCCAAGUUCCUUAAGUCUUAUACUGCUGGCUGGUACGUCCUUUCUCCUACUCACUUGCAUGAGUUUCGCUCUGCGGAUAAAAUCGGAGCGCCAAUCAUGUCUCUCUAUCUACCCGAGCAAAAACUCGGCUCUCACUCAAAUGAAGGAGGAUCAUCAAACAAAUUCAUACUCAAAGGCCGUCAAACUGGUGCAUUACAUCGCGGACACUCUUGGGUUUUUAGAGCUGAAACACGUGAUACUUUACUCGCUUGGUACGAAGACAUCAAGACUUUGACGGAAAAGUCUCCACAAGAACGCAAUGCGUUUGUGCGUCAGCAUGCCCGCAGCGUUAGUGGUACAUCACAACGAGCUGGUUCUAUCAGCAGCGACGGUGUUAUGGACGAGGAGGACGAAGAACCAUUUUCGGCACACACAUCAGCCAUUGUAGGCACUCAAGGACUCAAACAAGAACAAAAGCGUCCUGAACCAGGUGGGAGAUUUCCAUCAGAUCUACAAAUUAAUGCGACGCGUGGCUUACAGGCUCCCCUUUCGCCUUCUAGCGGAAGUUCCAUUUUUGGAGGUGAAGCAGAUGAUGCAGUGAUUACCGCUGCAGCUCUACCCGCAAGUGGUGUUGGCCAUCACUAUGGAGAAACCCUUGGCCACGCGUCGCCGACACACGCGCAGAUGAUAAAUCAAGCUGCUGAAGAAGAUGGUGUGAAUCCUUAUACUUACGAACCCAUUCAGAAUAUGAACACUACGCGUAAUAGUCAACAACAUGAGCUGCCCACUACGGCCGCUACCGCAGGCUUAGGCGGCGCCGCUCUGGGAAUAGCAGGCACAGCCGCAUACCACGAUCACCAGCUCCAGAAACAACGCGAGCAAGCAGACAUGGAAGCGACUAUGAUAGCCGCUCCUGACACGGACCGACUCCGAGAACAAGCAGAUAUGGAAGCAGCUAUGAUUGCAGCACCCGACGAUCAUAUAUAUGACGACAAGGCACAGCAACAAACAGAUCUCGAAGCCACGGCCACUGCUGCACCUGACACACACAUGUCCGGAGGACGUAGCCAGGGCGAUAUUAGCGCGGCCCCUUGGUUCAAUGAAGCGGCAGAGACUACGGCCCUAUCGACAGUAGUAGCGGCUACCGCGGCUGUCCCAACUACCUCAACUGUCACAGAUACUGUUGAACCAAGGUCAAUGGAAGCACUCCUCGAUCCCCUCGCCAAGGAUCUCGAACGUCCAACUUUGGCUGCUGGGCAAAAUCAUCAAAGCGUCCAGAGUAUCAGCCAAUUGCAUGUUCCGGGUGAAUUCCCCAGGACUAGAACAGAGACAGGAAGUUCUGUGAGUAACGAAACUAUCUAA